AUGGCUGAAGAUAGCUGUGAGGAGCCACUGGCAUCCACCCUGCCCCGGGGGUCCUUCAGCAGCUCCUCAGAGCUGUCCCCUAGCCAUGGCCCUGGGUUUGCAAGUCUUAAUCGCAGAGAUGGAGCUGGUGGUUGGACCCCACUUGUGUCAAAUCAAUAUCAGUGGCUACAAAUUGACCUUGGAGAGAGAGUGACAGUCACAGCUGUGGCCACACAGGGAGGAUAUGGAAGCUCUGACUGGGUGACCAGCUACCUCCUGAUGUUCAGUGAUAGUGGAAGGAAUUGGAAGCAGUCUCGACGAGAAGAAAGCAUCUGGGGCUUUCCAGGAAACUCAAAUGCAGACAGCGUGGUGCAAUACAGACUCCAUUCCCCCUUUCAAGCCAGAUUUCUGCGCUUCCUUCCCGUGGCCUGGAACCCUAAGGGCAGGAUCGGGAUGCGGAUUGAAGUAUAUGGAUGUGCAUACAGAUCCGAGAUGAUUAACUUUGAUGGGAGAAGUAACUUAUUGUAUACAUUUAAGCAGAAAUACAUGAGCUCAACAAAAGAUGUGAUUUCUUUGAAAUUUAAGAGCAGGCAAAAUGAUGGGAUUCUGUUGUACAGAGAAGGACAAAAUGGCAAAUAUAUCACACUUGAGUUAGUUAAAGGAAAACUUGUCUUAUUUCUUAACUCAGGAGAUUCUAACUCACCCUCCUCUGAUGUCCAGGAGGUCCUCACUCUGGGCAGCCUGCUAGAUGACCAGCACUGGCAUUGUGUCCUUAUUGAGCUCCUCCGCACUCAUGUCAACUUCACUGUGGACAGACACACACAUCACUUCCAGGCUAAGGGAGAGCCUGACUAUUUGGAUCUUGAUUAUGAGAUUAGCUUUGGAGGGGUCCCCGAGCAUAGAAAAUCAAUGGUGUUACCACGUAAAAACUUUAAUGGCUGUCUUGAAAAUCUCUAUUAUAAUGAAGUAGAUGUCAUUGAAUUAUCCAAGAGAAAAAGCCCACAAAUCCUCAUCAUGGGAAAUGUGACUUUCUCCUGUCUGUAUCCUCAGCCUGUGCCCAUAACAUUUUUGAGCCCCAGGAGUUACUUGGCUGUUCCAGGCACCCCAGGAAAGGAUGAAGUGUCUCUUGCUUUACAGUUUCGGACAUGGAACCGAGCAGGACAUGUAUUUACUAGCGGGUUUCAUCAUGGGUCCGGAGACCUCAGUCUUUCUCUAAAUGAUGGAAAACUUCAGCUGAGUCUCUUCCAUCUUGUACAUCCACUGAGGAGUGUCACAGCAGGUUCUGCACUAAAUGAUGGACAGUGGCAUUCUGUGUCCAUAUCUACUAGAGGGAGUCACCUGAGUAUGACAGUAGAUGAUAAUGCAACUUCCAUAGCACAUUCCCUACAUGGGCAGAUUCAUUUUGGUGACACAUACUAUUUGGGAGGCUGUCCUGAUAGCAACUCUGGCUCUGGAUGCAGAAAUCCUGGAUUUCAGGGCUGCAUGCGGCUCAUCUCUGUUAGCCACAAGGAGGUGGAUCUCAUCGCAGUGCAGCAGGAGAAGCUGGGCAGUUUCCAUGACCUGCAAAUAGACAUCUGUAGCCUGACUGACAGGUGCCUGCCCAGCUAUUGUGAACAUGGGGGUGUAUGUUCUCAGUCCUGGGACACCUUCUCUUGCGAUUGCCAGCACACUGGUUACACAGGUGCUACAUGCCAUUCCUCACUGUACGAGCAGUCUUGUGAAGCCUACAAGCACAGGGGAAACUCCUCAGGACUCUACUAUAUUGAUUCCGAUGGAAGGGGCCCACUGGGACCAUCUCUUGUAUAUUGCAACAUGACAGAGGAUUCCACGUGGACCUCCGUUUGGCACACUGGGUCCCCUAUUGCUAGGGCUGGGAGCUCAAAUGGAGGAAGCCCCCAACCAGUAUUCUUCAAGUACUCAGUCAACAUGGACCAGCUCCGAGUAAUGAUUGAGCAUGCAGAUCACUGUCAGCAGGAGCUGGCUUUCCACUGCAAGAAGUCAAGGCUUCCAGCUCACCAAGAUGGAACCCCAGUGAGCUGGUGGGUUGGAAGAACCAAUGAAACACACACUUACUGGGGAGGCUCUCUGCCUGAUGCCCAAAAAUGUACCUGUGAAUUAGAGGGGAAUUGCAUUGAUUCUCAAUAUUACUGCAACUGUGAUGCUGGCUGGAAUAAAUGGCCCAGUGAUACAGUCAUCCUUUCCCAUAAGGAGCAUCUGCCUGUCACUCAGAUAGUGACAACAAACACAGGCCAACGACACUCUGAAGCAAGCUUUACAUUGGGGCCUCUGCUUUGCCAGGGGGACAAUUCGUUUUGGAAUUCAGCUUCCUUCAAUACUGAAACAUCAUACCUCCAUUUCCCAGCAUUCCGUGGAGAACUUAGUGCUGACAUGUCUUUCUUUUUUAAGACCACAGCCCCUUCUGGAGUGUUAGUAGAAAACCUGGGAAUCACAGACUUCAUCCGGCUGGAGCUGCGUGCUUCUGCGGAAGUGACCUUUUCAUUUGAUGUGGGAAAUGGACCUUGUGAAGUCAAAGUGAAGUCCUCUACCCCCUUGAAUGACAAUCGGUGGCACUAUGUGAAGGCAGAGAGGAACAUUAAGGAAGCAACUCUCCAAGUGGAUCAGCUCCCUGUCAGAACCCAGUCGGGCCCUGCUGAUGGGCACUCCCGCUUACAAUUCAACAGCCAGCUCUUUGUUGGAGGUACAGCAACCAGGCAGAGAGGAUUUCUGGGGUGCAUCCGGGCCCUGCGUUUGAAUGGGCUGGCCUUGGACUUGGAAGAAAGAGCCACAGUGACCCCAGGUGUGGAUCCAGGAUGCCCAGGUCACUGUGCUAGCUAUGGACAUCUGUGCCACAAUGGAGGCCUCUGCCAGGAGAGGCUAAGGGGGUUUGUGUGUGACUGCACCUCCUCUGCUUAUGAUGGGCCCUUCUGCUUCCAUGAGGUUUCUGCAUAUUUAAGAACUGACUCAUCAAUCACUUACAGUUUUCAAGGACCUUACCACCACACCCCCAGCACGAACACCAGCUCCUUUGCAACUGGAUCCCAUGAGGAUCUAACACUGACAGGAGAAGAGACCGCGAUAAGCUUCAGGACAACAGGGCUUCCCUCCCUACUGCUCUUUGUUGGGGCCUUCUCAGAGGAAUACUUUUCUGUGAUCCUCACCACAAAUGGAAGUUUGCAGAUCACAUAUAAACUAGACAGACACCAGGAACCUGGUAUUUUUAAUCUUGGCUCUAAAACUAUGGCUGAUGGGAAACUUCAUCGGGUGACAAUUAGCAGAGAAGCAGCCGCAGUCUUUGUAGAGGUUAACCAGAAUACAAGGACACAUGUCAUCCUGUCCUCGGGGACCGAAUUCAAUGCAGUCAAAUUCCUGACACUGGGGACAAUUUUCGAUGCCCCCGGAGCAGACUCCAACACGCUCCGCGCGGGAAGAGGCGGCUUCACCGGCUGCCUGUCGGCGGUGCGCUUCGGGCCAGCGGCUCCCCUGAAGGCGGCGCUACGCCCCGCAGCCCCUGCCCGGGUCAGGGUCCGAGGCCACGUGAGCGCAGUGUCCGGCUGUGCUGGGCGCUCGGGGUCCGGCGCCCCUGCACGCCAGGCCACCCCGCUCGCCGGCGGUGCAGGUGCUUCAGGAGCAACAGAUGAGGGAGAGCCCCUAGUUAAUGCGGACAGGCCUGAUUCCGCGGUCAUUGGAGGAGUGAUAGCAGUUGUGAUAUUUAUCUUGAUCUGCCUCACUGGCAUAGUAAUAUGUAUUUACCAACAGAGAUGGUUACAUCAGAAAAAUGAGACAAAAAUUCCUCCGAAUGGAGACAAUGCUGAGACUGCUCUGAAAAGUGAGCCCAACCUGCAAAGUUUAGUCACUGAAAGCCAGAAAGAGUACUUCUUCUGA